AGCUGACAUCACCAUGACUCCCUGGUCUCUUCUAAUGUGCUCCAUUACUGAGAAUAGGGGACGGCCGCUAUCGAAGGGUUCUUCACCCAACUCUGAGGAGAGAGGACAUCCAUGAUGGAGGGGUCCCUGACCAACCACUGAGGAGAGGGGACAGUCAUGGCCGAGGGUCCCCGAGUUUGUCCCUGACUUCGUUGCUGAGGAGAGCAGACACCCAAUGCUGAGGAGAGUGGAAACCCGUGACUGACUGAUCCCGAACUCAUCACUGAGGAGAGGGGAUACGCACUGCUGAGUGAUCCCUUCACUCAUUACUGAGGAGGGACCCCACUGCCUGAGGGAUCUUUCACCCACUGCCGGGGAGAGGCACCCCCAUGCUUGAGUGGUUUUACACCAUCACAGAGGAGAGGGGAUACCCAUAGCCGAGGGAACGGAGGAGCCGACAGGGCUCCCCCGCCCCCGGCUCCACCGUGUGUCCCGGAGGGGGCCUGGGGUGGGAUAGGGGCACCCCCAGGCGAGCCUCGGGUUCGAGUCCCGCGUCGGGCGGCUCACCUGGCUGGACGGUGCUGCCGCAGACUUUGGCUCCAGACCCUAUAAAAGGUAACGGAGGCGUGAGUCAGAGCCGCCGCCUCCUCCCCGCCCGCUCUCACUUACGUGCGGCCGGGCGGGCGGGCGAGCAGGCACGGAGCCGCCGUCCCGCACCCGCGCACUUGCCGGAGAUGAACCGCGCAGCGCUGCAGGUCUCGCUCCUACUCCUGCUCCUGCCCGCCCUGGGCCGUGCCGGCUCCGACAGCGAGAGCGACCAGGAACACGGCGGCGAGGAGCACCCGCAUUCCCCGGGGAAAGGCCACAGCCACUGGAGCUAUGAAGACCUCAAGCACUGGAGCACAGACUACUCAGACUGCGGGGGCACCAAGCAGUCUCCCAUCAAUGUUGACACAACUCGGGCCGUCUUCAGCCCCGACCUGCGGCCGAUUCAGCUCUCUGGCUACAGCCUGCCCGCCAACAUGCAGCUCAAGCUGAAGAACAAUGGCCACACAGUUGUCCUUGAUCUGCCCGAGACCCUGGCCCUCACUGGUGGCUAUGCCCAGCAGUACCGAGCUGCACAGCUGCACCUGCACUGGGGCUCCGCGGCGGGGCCCGGCUCGGAGCACACCGUCAACGGCCGGCGCUUUGCUGCCGAGAUCCACGUGGUCCACUACAAUACCAAGUAUGACAGCUUUUCAGAGGCAAUGGUUCACCCAGAUGGCCUGGCUGUACUGGCAGCCUUUCUGGAGGUUGGGCAUGGGGAGAACCAAUACUACCAUGAAAUACUUGAGCAUCUGCUUGAAAUCCAAGAAGUAGGACAAGAAACCUUUGUGCCUGGAUUCAACAUUGCAGGUCUGCUGCCUGCCAACCUGAAAUCCUAUUUCCACUAUAAUGGCUCUCUGACCACCCCUCCGUGCUACCAGACAGUCAAAUGGACAAUCUUCAAUCAGACCAUGCUGCUCUCUCAUCACCAGAUGUCAAUGCUGGUUUCAACCCUGAGAAGCCCUGAUGACAAGCUUUUGCAGAACAACUACCGGCCAGUGCAGAGCCUGCAUGGGCGAGGGGUGCUGGCGAGUUUCCAGACUGCCCCUUCAGUGAAGCACUUUCCUGGUAGUGAUGAUUCAGCAACAACAGAGGGACACUCCAGCUCAUUUCAUGCGGGAGAUGUGCUGGCCGUGCUCUUCGGGGUGCUCUUUGCCAUCACAGCACUGGCCUUCCUGCUGUACAUCUAUAAGCACCGCAGCCAGAAUGCACGGCUGGACUCGCCAACCAAAUCCAAGGUCAUCUACACGGCAGCCAGCACUGAGAACACCGCGUAAACUCCACGCCUCUGUGGCAGCCCCAGCCCCACUGGCUCAGCCUGCCACCCCACCUCCCCUCACUCCCACUGGAGGUCAAGGAAGACCAGUGCUCCAGCACACCUCAGCUGCACGGGCUGCCCACACAGACUGUUUGUCUGGGGGGCAGCAUGUGGCCCUAAUAGAUAUUUUUGUUAUAAAAAUGUGUAAAAACUAUUAAAAAAAAAAGUUAAAUCCUCCCA